AUGCUAAGAUCAUUACAUUGUUUAUGCUUACUGCUUCAAUGCAGGGACAUGAUUCGGGCCAUACGUGCCUGCAAAACAGCAGCAGAGGAGCGUGCCGUUGUAAGAAAAGAGUGUGCUGCCAUUCGUGCAUCAGUUGGUGACAAUGAUCAAGAUUAUAGGCAUCGGAAUCUGGCAAAGCUCAUGUUUAUUCACAUGCUCGGUUACCCUACACAUUUUGGUCAAAUGGAAUGCCUGAAAUUAAUUGCAGCUCCUGGAUUUCCCGAGAAGAGAAUGGGAUAUCUUGGUCUUAUGCUGCUCCUUGAUGAAAGGCAGGAAGUUCUAAUGUUGGUCACAAACUCAUUGAAACAAGAUCUUAAUCACACCAAUCAAUAUAUCGUGGGACUCGCUCUCUGUGCUUUGGGCAAUAUAUGUUCUGCAGAAAUGGCUCGUGAUCUUGCGCCAGAAGUUGAACGAUUGCUGCAAUUUCGUGACCCAAAUAUUCGGAAAAAAGCAGCAUUAUGCUCUAUAAGGAUUAUAAAAAAAGUCCCAGACCUGGCAGAAAAUUUUAUAAACCCUGCUGCUUCCUUGCUAAAAGAAAAGCACCAUGGAGUUCUUUUGACGGGAGUUCAGCUUUGUACAGAUUUAUGCAAAGUCAGUUCAGAGGCACUCGAGUAUUUCAGAAAGAAAUGUACAGAAGGCUUGGUCAAAGUUCUAAAGGAUGUUGUGAACAGUCCAUAUGCACCCGAGUAUGACAUUGCUGGGAUUACAGACCCUUUUCUCCAUAUCCGAUUGCUAAGGCUUUUGCGUGUGUUGGGCCAAGGAGAUGCUGAUGCUAGUGAUUCUAUGAAUGACAUACUUGCUCAGGUGGCAACAAAAACCGAAUCGAACAAAAAUGCAGGCAAUGCCAUCCUCUAUGAAAGUGUUGCAACAAUUAUGAGCAUUGAAGAUAAUGGUGGUUUACGGGUGCUUGCCAUCAAUAUUCUGGGAAGAUUCUUGUCAAACCGAGACAACAAUAUCAGGUAUGUUGCAUUGAAUAUGCUGAUGAAAGCUAUUACAGUGGAUACUCAGGCAGUGCAGAGGCAUCGAGCAACAAUCUUGGAAUGUGUGAAGGAUUCAGAUGCUUCAAUUCGUAGAAGGGCCCUUGAACUUGUGUAUCUCCUAGUGAAUGAAAGCAAUGUAAAGCCAUUGAUGAAGGAGCUAAUUGACUAUCUAGAAGUGAGUGACCAGGAGUUCAAGGGGGAUCUUACUGCCAAAAUUUGCUCUAUCGUGGAAAAGUUCUCCAAAGAGAAAAUUUGGUACAUUGAUCAGAUGCUCAAGGUUCUUUCUGAGGCUGGAAAUUAUGUGAAGGAUGAAGUAUGGCAUGCCCUUAUUGUAGUGAUAAGCAAUGCUUCUAACCUUCAUGGUUAUACAGUAAGGUCAUUAUACAAAGCAAUGCAAACAUCAGGUGAACAGGAAACUCUUGUUCGAGUGGCAGUGUGGUGCAUUGGAGAGUACGGUGAAAUGUUGGUCAAUAAUGUUGGGAUGCUUGACAUAGAGGAACCAAUAACAGUUACAGAGUCUGAUGCUGUGGAUGUUAUAGAGAUGGGUAGUAAGCGACAUACCUCAAAUCUCACCACUCGGGCAAUGUGUCUGGUUGCCUUGUUGAAGCUGUCUUGUCGUUUUCCAUCUUGUUCAAAGAGGAUAAAUGAUAUCACUGUGCAAUAUAAAGGAAGCCUGGUGCUUGAACUGCAGCAGAGAUCCAUUGAAUUUAAUUCCAUCAUUGAGAAGCAUCAGAAUAUCAGGUCUGCGCUGGUUGAGAGGAUGCCUGUUCUCGAUGAGGUGGCUUACAGUGGAAGGAGGGCUGGUUCCUUGCCGGCAGCCGUUUCAACUUCACAAGUGGUUGCACUUAAUCUUCCAAAUGGAGUUGCCAAAACCACUGCUGCUCCUCUUGUUGAUUUGCUCGGUCUAAGUUCAGAUGACAUCCCGGCACCAAGCUCUUCUGGUGGUGAUUUUCUGCAGGAUCUUCUUGGUGUUGAUUUAUCACCAACCUCUCCUCUAUCAGGCACAAAUCAGGCUCAAAAGAGUGGCACAGAUGUCCUACUGGAUCUUUUAUCAAUCGGAACACCUCCAGCUCAAAGUACAUCAUCUACACCUGACAAAUUAUCCUCCAGUAAAGACAGCAAAAAUUCAGGUGUGUUAGAGAGAUUGUCGUCACCUACUUCCUUACAAGCAUCUUCUCCCUCUGGAGGUUCUCCUGUGAUGGAUUUGUUGGAUGGGUUUGUUCACAACCCGGCAAUCCCUGAAGGCAAUGGUUCUGCUUAUCCAUCAGUAGUUGCAUUUGAGAGCAGCACCUUGAGAAUAAUGUUCGACUUUUCAAAGUCGCCUGGAAACCCUCAGACAACACUAAUUGAGGCCAAUUUUACUAAUAAGUCACCUAAUGUAUACACAGAUUUUAUUUUCCAGGCAGCAGUCCCAAAGUUUCUUCAACUGCACUUGGAUCCAGCUAGCAGUAAUACACUUCCUGCAAGUGGUAAUGGGUCAAUUACACAAAAAUUGCGAGUUACCAACAGUCAACAUGGCAAGAAAUCCCUUGUCAUGCGCUUACGGAUAGGUUAUAGGAUGAAUAACAAAGACAUAUUGGAGGAAGGACAAAUCAACAAUUUCCCUCAUGGUUUGUGAGCCGAAUGCUCAUGAAAGAUGAUACACAGCUCUGAUUUUUUCCUCCACUGAGAAGUAUCCUCUCGCUGUCUGUAGUUUUUAGUGCAAUUUUUAAUUCUAUUAUUUUGGGGCUGUAUGGCUGUUGACAAUUUGGGACAUUUGAGUUUAGAAAUCUUGCUAAACAUUUUUUUUUUCUCUUUUCUUCCCUUAAAAAUUGUGCUUUCUGUAGAUUAUGAUAGAAUACUUGUGUACACUUGUGAGAAUUAAGGUUUUCCUCUGGAAGAGCGGAUAGGAGGAGCUCGUGUGCCCGAUUGUGCAGUUGAGGGGUUCUUAUUGCUAAAAAUUUUGAUUUUUGAACUUGUAAGUCUAUAUUUGAGCAAGAUUUAUUUUGAAUUUCAAUCAUGUGGUCAUGAAUUUCAUUUGAAGGUUGAUAAAGAGCAUUGUGC